GGGGUGCUGGCGGCGCUGGUGCAGGAGAUGAAGGCGACGAUGCAGCGGGACCUCAACAGGAAGAUGGUGGAGAACGUGGCCUUCCGGGCCUUCGAUGCCUGGUGGGAGAGGAAGGAGGAGCAGCUCAAGCCGUUCCAGUCGGGGCGGGGGGAGGAGAAGGAGCGAGCGAGGCCGAAGGAGCCGCCCCCCGCCCUCCUCUCCCUCGUCGACUGGGCCCGGGGGGGGGGCUCGGGGCUCAGGGGGGCCCUGCGGCUCCCCUCAUUCAAG